AUGGCAAGAAGGGCACUCACCAGAAUCCUCCAACGCGUCCCAACGCCGGCACCGGAGAGAGCACGUGUAGAGUCACGUCUCCCACCGCUCCGCAUACUACCUACUACAGACGCAAACAAGGCCGCAUACGCACCAGCACCGCUACGGUUAACGGUCUACUCGGACGGCUCACGCACUGGCCAAGGGGCUGGGUACGGGUUCGUGGUCUACUACGGCUCUAUCCCUAUCACCCAAGGGUAUGGGCCAGCUGGCUCCCAGUUAGAGGUGUACGACGCCGAGAUUAUGGGCGCAGUAGAGGGCCUCCAGGCGGCUGUCAACCUACCCUGUGCAAGCUACUCCACCGGCCUCGUUGUCCUCCUCGAUAACCUCGCUGCCGCUAGCUUACUCGCGGACGGGAGGCCGGCGCCACACAGACGAAAACUCACGGACUUAUUCCAAAAGCUUACUACCCAGUGGGAAUCCGCUCCCUAUAUCCUCAGCACACCCCGCACGCCCGUGGAGGUGCGCUGGAUGCCAGGCCACUCUGGGAUAGCAGGGAACGAGACUGCCGAUGAGCUAGCAAAGAGGGGCGCAGCGUUAGACGGCUCCCAUAUUCCCCCUUCCCCAUCUUACCUUGUGCGCGAAGCAAAACAACAUAUCCGCACGGCAACGCGUGCCGCGUAUACCAGAGACGCACCUCAGGCAUACCGAGACCUAAAUAUCCAACCUCACACCAAGAGCAGCCGCGCUCGGGAACACAGGCUUCCCCGCGGGGUGCUCGGCCGGCUGCUAGCCGCACGGACUGGCCAUGGUGACUUCCAGGUAUACCACGAGAGGUUCCAUCACAGGGACUCCCUUACGACCUGCUCCUGCGGUAAGCCAAAAUCCCCCGUCCACUUCUUCUUCUGCCCGCCUGCGAGGAAACGCUGGAAGGAUCGAUGGAAAGGCCGAAAGGCCAGCCCAUCUGCAAGGAUAAACUGGAUACUGAGCACAGCUGCUGGGGCCGAGGAAUUCGGCCGUUUCGUGCAAGAAACGUUCUUCAAGGACAUCUGCCCAAAUCGGGCACAAACAUGCGCCGCAUAG